UUUUAAUCGAAGAAAAUCUUUGUGUAAGAAAGCUAAAAAUGUCUUCAAAAAAAUCAGAUUUUGUCAUAAGAACAAUUUUUAACAGCGACAUCUCGAGGCUUGAAUCGAAAUGACAAUAAAAGUUUUAACAAUGGUUACUCAAACUAAACUAAAGAUGUCGCUUCUACUUAUUUUGAUGGCAAUGAUACGACCAAGUUUAUCAAAUAACAGAGAAGAGAUGGCGUUGGCGAACGUGACAAGAUUUGCUUCUGGGGAUUUGUUUUCACUCCUUGGUCCAGAAUGUGGGUUAACGAGGUGUAUGGAGGUAUCCCACGGCACAGCCCUGGCCGCAAUGGGCGUCUCAGGCUGCUCAUGCCAAUGCGCGCGUGACACACCUGCUUUCCGAGAAGAUCAGAAGAUUUGCGUCAAUCAUAUUGACGAGUGUCGAAUGGCGAGUUACGGACGAGGCGCGACCAAACCGCAAAUUCCUUUCGUCUUUCUUCCACUCAAGGGACAAAUUGUAUAUCCAUCUAAGGAAAUUAUAUUCACAGACGUGGAAGAUGCUGUGUGUGCGGUGACCAGCGCUCAGUACCUGUCGCCGUCGGGCUGGCUCGCUCUCAGGGAUCUCGUAGACAACGAUGUUCCCUUCGCUCUAUACAGAGACGAGGGCAGCACUUACCUACAGUGGCGGGGGUCGUCGGCGCUGCAUGGGCGUCUAGAGGGCCGGCUGGUCAUGGUGCACGUGCUUUGCUCUGCACCCGCACCCGCGCGCCUUGCCGCCUCCUGCGCGGCCUUUAGAGUCGCUGGCGCCACAUACAACACUGUGCUAGACGUUCGCUCGAUACCUUUCCACGCUGGUGAAAUUGUCAACACCGAACAAGUUAGCCAAAACAAAGGUCUGAGCGUACUGGAAUCCUUAGCGAUCGGUGUGUGUGUUCUCAUGGUUGUGUUCAUCUACGCAGCUGGAAUCAUCUUCUAUAUACAUUACAAGCAAAAACAAAAGCGUAAGGCAAUGGACCCAGAGUUAACCAGGUCAAGCAAUACCUCCACUGAAAAUAUUUCCACUAUUGAUAUGGAUAAUGUGAGAUUGAAAAAGAAUCCAUUAUUAAACUUAGACAAUAUGCGCAACGAUUUCUUAAAUGAUUCCGGCUUGUCUGACGUCAGUGAACGUACGGAGGAUACUGUGGAUUCUUCACACAAUUUUCACAAACAGUUCCAGAGAAUUAAUCCAAAUAUUGUCUCGGCAAUGAUACACUCGCAUCGGAAAAAACCGUCUCGUCCAUCGUUACGUACAUCCACCCCAGAAAGACUAACGGAACGCUUGCAAAGGCGAUCGGCGUCGCCUGAAAUAGAAAAAGCUCCGCAAUCCGACUUGUCCAUCAUCGACUGCAGCGUAGAAACAAAUUCCAUGACGAAUCUCAAACCACCAACAAACGUGGAGCCGGUCAUACGAAGAAAACUUUACUUCAAUCCGGUGUUUUUCGAAGUUGAAUAUCUUAAGAAUCCACCGCCGGCAGCCAUCGAAUUUCUGAUAAAAAUUCGUGAAAUCAUGGCGAUCGCAAAAGAGAAGAUGUUGUCAAAGAGAUUUAUUCCCAUGCUAUCUGACAUACCUGAAGAAGAUUUAUAUCACAACUUAGACCUCGGCUGGAACAUACCUUGUGCACGACGAGGAAGACGAUUUAGUGCAAUAAGUCUAAAGAGGGAAAAUAGUAGAAGGGCUGUACAUUGCGGCGGGUGUCCCGGAUGUGAUAGCAGCGAUAGUAAAUCUCAAAAAGCGCCCGGAUUAAUCCGAUCCAACUCGUGUAAAACUUGCGUCAGCGACGACUACAAGCAAAGAAUAGUACAAAAGUGGCUAGACGAAGUUCCAUCACCGCCACAGACAAUUAGACCCACAAAAUCAGUAGCUAAAGUCAGCGGAACACCAAGAAUCGUCGAUACUAAAAAGAAAGAUAACGUUCGUGUUAGUCCAGUGAUACCAAUAAGACGCGAAGAAUUAAACGUAAAUAAACAAGAAAUCGGGAAGCAACCAGAACUAGGCGUAAGACAAAAAAUAAGUAACUUGCGCGUUAAAGAAACCGAUGAUAUCAAACGAGAGUUAGAGAAACCUAAAACAAUAAAUUCUAAUCAAGACAAUAAUCGAAAUGAGAAAAAGUUGACAUCGCCUCCCUCGAACAAGAAGCCACAGGAGAAGAGAAGUCCCUCGAGUAACGCUACGAGAAGAGUUGUCAGAAAGAAAUUACCACCUCCACCGCCACCUCCGGUUAAUCCACAAGAACCUGUUACACCCGACAAAAAGGAACCAGUUUUACCGGAAGUUAAAGUUAAAAUGGAAGCUGUAAUAAAGCAAUUGAAUAAAUGCAAGCGAUCAGAAGAAAAUGAAUUGGAGGAGUUACAACAACUGGCCGUAUUAGCAAGUGGACCUAAAUUAGUGAUACCAGUCGUUUCAGCAGAUUCACAAUAUUAUAGUGAUGAUACGUUAUCUCACGAUCAUAAAGCCACUCAUUUAAGUGAAAUGUCUAUGGAAUUUGAUAGCUUAGACAGAAAUAUGUUAAAACGUCGUAGAUUUUCUCUUGACUUCGGCUCAGAAAUUAUACAAAAACAACAAACCCUUCAUAAAAUUUCAGAGAUUCCGAUGGAGAGAUUAUCUAGGAGCUGGCGUGAUAUAAAGAAAGCUGUGGAGGCUACUCCAAGGGAACAGAUUAAUUCCCUAGUACCCAACAUAAGUACUUGUCGCGUUAAUGACUUAUUUAUUAAUCCUACCGAACCGUUGUACAAUAAUAUUGAAACGCCAGGCCCGCUAACUAUAGAAGUCCGAGGAUCACCCGUUGAUAUCAGACAAAAGAUUCACGAUGAUUUUGAUCCUGAUACUUUGGACAGAAAACCUAGACGAGAAAUGAAGAAAUCUGUGGAGAAAAUUCUCUUGAAAUCCGGUGGAAGCUUUAAACAUAAAACUGUUUCACAUAAUGCUAAUAAUGAUUUAGGAAACGAAGGAGAAAGGAGGACACCGCCUGAACCUGUAUUUACAAGAAAAAUCGGUAGCCUGAGGCAAAUUUACGAAGCUAAAGCGAAAGCACAACAGGAGUCGCGAUUAUAUGAAAGGCGGGGUAGCUUACCUUACGCAAACCACGAUAUAGCCAAAUUUAUUAAAUCUGUACGACCGUCAGAUUUUCGUAAGGCUGAAGGCCAAAAUGAUCCAAAACCACCCAUACCUCCGAAACAGCGGCGAGGAUCAGAGAAAUAUAGUCCUCCUAGUGAGAGACAACGAUCAGAGGAGAAGGAAAGAGUCGCACAGUACAUUAGAAGCGAGAAUUUGAACGCCCGUAGGUCCGGCCGUCGAUCUUCGAGGACACGAUCCCGAAGAGUCGAUCUAAAGAAACUAUGUCGUACAGAAGAUUCGGGUUACCUCAGUACGGAUUCCAACGAAUCAAAAUGCAGAGCCAGAUAUAUGAUGUUAAGGCCAAAAUUUUUACCACCAGAACCCGCCCCGAAACCGGUUCCACCCGUAGUUAGGACAUUGGGAAUACAAAUAGAAUCGGAUACGGAUGAAAUGGAAUCUUUAUGCGACGGACGAAGCGAAUCGGGAGGUGAAAGCGUCGAGACUGAUUCUGUAUUCUUCGGUAAUUUCGAUGAAUCGAAGGAGAUGUUUACAGAAUUAGGGAUGUGUGUCGAAACACGGGACAUUUUGGCAGCGAGUCAAGACCAAAUAGACUCGGGCUUCGCCGGCGAGACGAAUAUAACGCUAAGCGGCGACAGCGACUCUGAACAUAGAAGCGUCAUAUCCAUUGUAACUGGUCGCGAUGGCCGUUCAUCUGUUGCAUCUAUAACUAAUUUAGAUGAUACGCCAUAUGUACAUUCCGUCGAAUGUUAGAUUAAUUUUUAUUCUAUAGUGAUACUAUAAGAUUUAAUACGU